CCUUGUCCCACCCAGAACCAUGAGUGAGGCCCGCAGGGACAGCACGAGCAGCCUGCAGCGCAAGAAGCCGCCCUGGCUGAAGCUGGACAUACCAGCUGUGGCGCCGCCCGCGGCCGAGGAGCCCAGCUGCUUGCAGGUAGGCGCCGGCCGGCAGGGGCUGUGGGAACACCCGCUCCAGCCUCCUCACCGUGACCCCACUGCCCAGCCCCAGAGACGCCAGGCUUUCUUGCGGAGUGUGAGUAUGCCGGCCGAGACAGCCCGCGUCCCCUCGCCCCACCACGAGGUCCGGCGGCCGGUGCUGCUGCGCCAGACGUCCAUCACGCAGACCAUCCGCAGCCGGCAGGUACGCUUUGGGCGUGUCCACACUCUGCCCCUCUUGGGUGCCCCCGGUGCCCGCAGGGCCCUCCCACAGCGCCGGUCUCUCUCUCGGUCCCUGCUCAGGGGCACAGCUGACUGGUUCGGGGUGAGCAAGGACAGCGACAGCACCCAGAAAUGGCAGCGGAAGAGCAUCCGCCACUGCAGCCAGCGCUAUGGGAGGCUGAAGCCGCAGGCCAUCCGGGAGCUGGACCUGCCCAGCCAGGACAACGUGUCUCUGGCCAGCACGGAGACGCCCCCGCCACUGUAUGUGGGGCCGUGCCAGCUGGGCAUGCAGAGGAUCAUAGAUCCCCUGGCCCGGGGCCGGGCCUUCCGAGUGGCAGAUGACACGGCCGACGGCCUGAGUGCCCCCCACACACCUGUCACGCCAGGCGCCGCUUCCCUCUGCUCCUUCUCCAGCUCCCGCUCGGGCUUCAACCGGCUCCCGCGGCGACGCAAGCGUGAAUCGGUGGCCAAGAUGAGCUUCCGGGCAGCGGCAGCCCUGGUGAAGGGCCGCUCUGUGAGGGAUGGCACGCUGCGCCGGGCGCAGCGCCGGAGCUUCACUCCCGCCAGCUUCCUGGAGGAGGACACCGCGGACUUCCCCGACGAGCUGGACACAUCCUUCUUUGCCCGGGAAGGAGUCCUCCACGAGGAGCUGUCCACGUACCCAGACGAGGUGUUCGAGUCCCCUUCGGAGGCAGCCCUCAAGGACUGGGAGAGAGCCACAGAGCAGGCGGACCUCACAGGCGGGGCCCUGGACCGCAGUGAGCUUGAGCGGAGCCACCUGAUGCUGCCCCUGGAACGCGGCUGGAGGAAGCAGAAGGAGGGCGGCGCGGCGGCCUCACAGCCCAAGGUGCGGCUGCGGCAGGAGGUGGUGAGCACGGCGGGGCAGCGGCGGGGCCAGCGCAUCGCCAUGCCUGUGCGCAAGUUCUUUGCCAGGGAGAAGCGGCCGUACGGGCUGGGCAUGGUAGGCCGGCUGACCAACCGCACUUACCGCAAGCGUAUCGACAGUUAUGUCAAGCGCCAGAUUGAGGACAUGGACGACCACAGGCCGUUCUUCACCUACUGGCUCACCUUCGUGCACUCCCUCGUCACCAUUCUAGCCGUGUGCAUCUACGGCAUCGCGCCCGUGGGCUUCUCGCAGCACGAGACCGUGGACUCGGUCCUGCGGAACCGCGGGGUCUAUGAGAAUGUCAAGUAUGUGCAGCAGGAGAACUUCUGGAUCGGGCCCAGCUCGGAGGCCCUCAUUCACCUGGGCGCCAAGUUCUCGCCCUGCAUGCGCCAGGACCCGCAGGUGCACAGCUUCAUCCGCGCGGCGCGCGAGCGCGAGAAGCAUUCGGCCUGCUGCGUGCGCAACGACCGGUCGGGCUGCGUGCAGACGUCGGAGGAGGAGUGCUCGUCCACGCUGGCGGUGUGGGUGAAGUGGCCCCUCCACCCCAGUGCCCCUGACCUUGCUGGCCACAAGAGGCAGUUUGGCUCCGUCUGCCACCAGGACCCCAGGGUGUGUGACGAGCCCUCCUCCGAGGACCCCCACGAGUGGCCAGAUGACAUCACCAAGUGGCCGAUCUGCACCAAAAACAGCGCCGGAAACCACACCAACCACCCGCAUAUGGACUGUGUCAUCACAGGCCGGCCCUGCUGCAUUGGCACGAAGGGCAGGUGUGAGAUUACCUCCCGGGAGUACUGUGACUUCAUGAGGGGCUACUUCCACGAGGAGGCCACACUGUGCUCCCAGGUGCACUGUAUGGAUGACGUGUGUGGGCUCCUGCCCUUUCUCAACCCAGAGGUGCCUGACCAGUUCUACCGCCUGUGGCUGUCCCUCUUCUUGCACGCUGGGAUCCUGCACUGCCUGGUGUCAGUCUGCUUCCAGAUGACUGUCCUGCGGGACCUGGAGAAGUUGGCAGGCUGGCACCGAAUAGCCAUCAUCUACCUGCUGAGUGGUGUCACUGGUAACCUGGCCAGUGCCAUUUUCCUGCCGUACCGGGCGGAGGUGGGCCCGGCCGGCUCGCAGUUCGGCAUCCUGGCCUGCCUGUUCGUGGAGCUCUUCCAGAGCUGGCAGGUCCUGGCGAGGCCCUGGCGGGCCUUCUUCAAGCUCUCGGCCGUGGUGCUCUUCCUGUUCGCCUUCGGGCUGCUGCCCUGGAUCGACAACUUUGCUCACGUCUCGGGCUUCGUCAGCGGCCUCUUCCUCUCCUUUGCCUUCCUGCCCUACAUCAGCUUCGGCAAGUUUGACCUGUAUCGCAAGCGCUGCCAGAUCAUCGUCUUCCAGGCAGUCUUCCUGGGCCUCCUGGCCGGCCUGGUGGUCCUCUUCUACUUCUCCCCCGUCCGCUGCGAGUGGUGCGAGUUCCUCACCUGCAUCCCCUUCACCGACAAGUUCUGCGAGAAGUACGAGCUGGACGCCCAGCUCCACUGAGCCGGGGGGGGGGGGGGGGGGGGGGGCACGCGCCUGCCCCGAGCCCUGCGCCGACCCGCCUGCCCCGGAGCGCGGGCCUCUCGUACUCCAGGGCAUUUAUUACGCCAGUUCCCACAAUUACCUUCUAACUAGUCUCUUGACGACCACCUCACGUGGCCAAUAAAUGGACCGGGAGCGUUUUAGCUGCCACUAACUUAC